AACAAAAGCCUCAAAAACAAGCUCUUGUCAGGAAACAAGCUUUGUGGUAUUCACGCAGAAGAGUCAAAAAAGAUCCAAGCCCAGCUGAAAGAGUUUCAUUAUGGGAAAAAGGAUUUGAUUUUUAAGGCACAACAGCUAACAGAUCUGGAGCAAAAACUAUCAGUUGCAAAAGACAAAUUGGAAAAUGCAGCCCUUGACAAAGAGUCACAGCUGAAAGCUCUGAAGGAGACUGUGCAGCUUUGCUUGUCAUCUGUUCUGCGCAAUCAGCCUCCCACAAUGAAUCUAAUCUCUUCAAAACCACCUGAGAAGCUGAAUUCCUCAAAUACAAAGAGCUCCAAAGUUCCAUUUCAAGUGACAAGUACCAAGGUCUGGCAAAAUGUCUCAGCAGAGAAAGAGAAUUUUCAUGUGGUCUUGAAAAAAGAAGAAAAUCAAAGCACCCAGGAGUGUGAUUCUCAAGAUGUUGCCAAGACAUGUUUGGGGAAUCAUAAUGAUUCAACAUCUCGUUUGAAAGCAGCAGAAACAGAGACAAGCUUUCAGAAGCUGCACAGCCCUCCAUGGACUAAACCUGAAGAUAAAAAAUCACCUGAAAAAAAUGAGAAAAAAUAUGAAAAAUCAGUUAGUACACAAGAAAACAAGCACUAAAUUCUACUAAUCUGCAUUGAAAAAUGCCAGUCAUUUCCAUCCUCGUGUUCUGUUAGCACAAAGGCAUGAAAUGUCCCAGGUUUCUAAAGCAUGCAUUUUUCACUGUUUUAUGAGUGUCUGUAAAUUAGUCUAGAACACACCAAUUGGUACCUUACAGCAAUAAUCAGAAAUGGAUGUUUGAAGAAAUGUUUUGUAAUUCAGUCCAGUUUUUGAACUCUUAUUCUACCUUAUUAUUAGUAAUUGUAUACUUAAUUAUUAUUAGUAGUAAUUGUAAUUAUUAUUAUUAGUAGUAAUUGUAUACUGUAAAUUACUUUCUUUGUAAACAGUCACUCUCAAGUAUUUUCUCAGUCUGUUUAAUGUAAUUUUGUGGCAGAUAAAGUUUUAAGAUUAAGGGGCAGUCAGUGUGUGUGUGGAAAAUAUCUGUGUAACCAUAUUUGAAGUACAGUCCUUAAGUGCAACUUAAGUGCAAAGAAAGCUGUGCGCGAGGGUCCAUGUAUACUUACCUUUUAGUAAUUUCCUUUCAAAUCUACUUACACAAUAAAAUAUUUUAUUUUGUUCUUUUUUUUCCUCACUGCUAUAUUAACUAGUCCAUUUUUGAACACUGAAAAGCUGACAGAAAUGGAGUUUAAGGGAUGGAAAUGGAGAGGAUCAUUACCAAUUGCAGAUUGUACUGAGUUAUAAUUUCUUAACUUGGAUGGCAGCCAUAGGAAGUCAGUUUCAUUCCUUAUAUUUGUGCCGAUCUCAACAGGAUAAAAUAGAGAAUACUUCAAGGGGUAAAGCCCUAUUUUGUCCACUACCGUUGUCCUUUGAUCACUCCAUCAGGAAGGAGCAUAUUGAUUGGAGUAAGCUCUGUCACUCAUGGAUUCUUUCAGUUUCUCCUUAGUCACAUACUGUAUGACAAGAAAGCACAAAGAAAGAGAGGAGAAGGAAGAGAGAAUGUUUUGUUUGUGUGUAUGUCAUUAUUGGUCUAAUUUAAGAAUUCAUAUGACAUAUCUUGUUGAGAUGCACAUCUUUCAAGAAGAGUAGGAAAAGCAAAUUGCCUGAUGCAAUGUUAUGCUAUCCCUAGAAAGAUGUAUUUUAAAGCAGUUGUAACUUGUAAACUUCCAGCAUUGUCUUAAUGCACACAGCAGCACAUUUUUCACUAGAUUUAAAGUAGUUGUAAUAAUUUACCUUUUGUUGCUUUGUAUCAAUUUAAAUGCAAAUAGACAAAUCCUUUAUUUCACUUAGUGGUAUUCUGUCUUCAGUUUUAUCAUUUAAGAUUUUACCUCUCCUUCAGCAGUCUCCUUCAAUACCCACCUUUUCCUUGCUGGUAUGAAUAAUCUUUCAAUCUGACUCUGCGCACUUUGAAUAUGCUCCUCUACUCGAAGGUAGAUAGUUGCAGAAUGGUAGGUUUCUCUGCCUUGAGAAAAUACAGUUUUAAAAAGAAGAAAACCUCAUUAGCUGACCAAAUGAUGACAAACUACAGCCUAUUCAUUUUAAGGGUCAAAAGAAGUGGAAUUGUGGCCACAAAAUUAAUCAGAAAAGAGAUGGGGCUUUUUGCCUCUGAUCCUAAAUCUUGCUGAAGACAAUCUGUUGUCUUUCAAAAUUUUGAGCAAAACUUGUAAUCUUGUCAUGUCUACAGCUGGCAUUAAUUUCUAGUGAUUCCAAAAGUGACAUUGGUUUGCAUAUGACACACCUUAACUGAAAAGGUGAUGAAACUCUGUUUCAGUCAUCUGUCAAGAAAGGAUCUCCACUGGACACUGGUUGAAAUCCUCCAGGAGGACAAAAGCCUGUGAGCACAAUGUUUCCUGUAGCUUUAGAAAGAAGCCUUUGUUAAUAGGAUCCCCUUCAUCAGGCAGCCUGUAGUAGAUACCAACUACAUGGAUCCUUUGCUGCAUUGAUCAGAUUCUUACCUACAGGCUUUUGACUUGCUCAUGGCUGUUCUUCAAAGACAGCUCACAUUGAAUCAAUUUCUUGGUGUAGAGGGCAAUCUCUCCAUCUCCUUCUUCUCCUGUAUCUUCUGAACAGGCGGUAGCUAUCAGUAGUGAUACUCCAGUCAUGGGAUUCAAUCCACCAAGUUUCAGUAAUGCAACAAGGUCAUAAUUUUCUAGCAGCACAGUGGUUUCCAGGUCCUCCUGUUUAUUGCCCAUGCUGUAUGCGUUGAUAUAAGGCACCUCAGAUUGUCUGUCGAACACUUCACCUUCUCAAAGGAACACCCCUCUUCUUCCUUUGAUAUAAUUUUCUGGUGUUUUCCAUGUCAGCUUUUAUUACCUUAGGAGUCCUCAGCUUGUCCCCAUAAGACUGCAAGUGCAUUCCAGUGUGGCUCACUACAAAAUCAUUGGGGUGGGCUAUCCAUUUUAACCCCAAUGCUUUCUUUCCCCCACCCAGGGCACAUCUCUCCCAUGCUGGUUUUAUUGCCUUUCCCCUUCAAAGCUAUCCCUCUCAAUCAGCCCUGCCAACUCAAGAACACCAUCCUUUUUCUCCUUUUAAACAGGUGAACCCCAUCUCUCUCCAUCAGGUCUGAUGCUAUAUAAAUCACUCCAUGAUCCAAAAAACUCCAAAUUCCACCAAUGGCACCAGUCUCUAAGCCACACAUUGAUCAUGCAGAUUCUCCCAUUCCUUUUGGCAUUCUUCCUUGCUACUAAAGGGCUUGAGGAAAGCAUCACCUGUGCUCCUACUCCUUCAACCAGUCGCCCCAAUGCUCUGAAGUUCUUUUUGAUUCUGCUAGGAUUUGAUUGCAUUCUCUUGUCAACCUUGUCACCGCCAACCUGACAACAAGCAGUGGGAAAUAAUCAGAGGGCUGAAUCAUUCCAGGGAGUCUCCUGGUAAACCCCUUACCCACACCCAAGGGAGACAGCAGAAUUCCCUGUCAGAUGGCAUACGUGGCCCCCAGUUCCCCUCAGAAGGGAGUAGCCCAAUACAACUACCCUUUAUUAUUUCCUGACAGUUGAAGUUGUGAUCCAUCUGGCUGACUGACCUAUUCCAGAUAAACCCCCAGACAGACCUUCUUCUCCAAUAUCAUCUGCCUGACCCUCAUGUUCAGAGCCUCAUACUUGCAGUGUAAGGGUACUUGGGAAGGUAAGAGAGGCUGGGAGGGGAUUCUCCUACCUCCAUGAGCAGGGACCUUUUUCCAUUCCCCCUCAUGUUUUAGGUCCCCUCCUUCUGCCUGAUGGCGAGAGGAUCAGGGCUCACACAACUCUUGCUGAGCUUUGAAGAGUGUGACUCCACCAGUCUAUUUCACUUUCUUACUCCCUGAUAUUCCUCAGCCUGAUUAAACUGGGAUUCGUUAUAAAUGGUAAUAUAGUUUUUGCUUUCAUAUUUAUGUAUUGGCUUUUGGAAGUUAUUAUUGAUGACAAAGAUUCUGAUAUAGUACAAUUUGUAAUCCCUUUUAACUGCUUUUUGAUAUAGUAUAAUCUGUCAGCUUUUGUAUGCACCCUAUAGCUUAUAUAAAUAGUAGUGUGUUAAUAUAUUAUAGCUUAGACCUGCACAUAGUAUUAAAAUAGAGACUGUGUGCUAUUAAAUACUUUAAUUUGUGUAACUAACUCACAUAAUGGUGUGAAAUAGCUAUAGUGGUUCAAUGUAUUUGUAGACUAUCUCAUCUGAAUGAUAACAGUGACAGGACAGGACACCAAGAGAAAAAUUUACUACUGACUCUCCAGUUAUCAGGAAGUGUCAAAACAACAGAAUGGAGCCUCGAGAAGAAAUUAAAUAUAUUGAUUUAAUCUACAGGAUGAUAUGUAGAAAAGUCAAAGGUCAAAACCAAGCAAAAGAAUUCACAGAAUAUGUAAACCCACGGGAAUGUUUGAAUAUGUAUAACCCUCAUUAAUAUGCAUUUAGCCAAUGUAAUGAAUAGUAUACAUGAAAAUUAUUUUAAGUUAACAGGCUACUUUUGGCAGUUUGCCAGGCACCCCAGCACUGGAUAUUAUUUCUUUUUACCUUUAUUAAA